UAACCAGUUAUAAACUGAUGACUCUGGUGUUAGAUUAAAUAGGCAUUGAUCUGUCCUUUAUGUUUAUUAUUUUGAUUUCAGAAAGAGUUGGACUUCAAAAUGACCCUCCUGGAUAUUGGUGGCGGCUUCCCUGGACAAAAUGACUUUAAACUCACAUUUGAGGAGAUAGCUGCUGAUAUAAACAAAGCCCUGGAGGAGUUCUUUCCUCCUUCUUGUGGAGUCAGUGUGAUUGCAGAGCCCGGCCGCUACUAUGUGACAUCAGCUGUCACUCUCGCCGCCAAUGUCAUCGCCAAGAAAGUGAUCAUGGAAGAGCUGUCUUCAUUCAACGGUGAUCAGCUGACUGUUACUAGGACAACCUCUUGUAGAACAGAUUGUGGAACCGCUAAUAGAACCAUGAUGUACUACUUGAAUGAUGGAGUUUAUGGUUCCAUCAGUAUGCUUUUAAAUGACCCUGUUCAAUCCAUUGUAUCACCUUAUCCUCACAGGAAACCCAAGCCUGAUGAGCCAGUUUACCCCUGUGUGAUCUGGGGACCCACAUGUGACAGCGUGGAUGUGGUAGUGAAGAAUACCUUCCUACCUGAGUUACAGGUGGGAGACUGGCUCCUGAUUGACAACAUGGGUGCCUACACACACUGUAUCUCUACCACCUUCAAUGGCUUCAAAAAAACACCUAUCUACUAUGUUAUGAGCCGUGAUACAAUGCACUGGAUUCAGCUGUCAUGUACUCACAGCCUGAUUAAGCCAUGCUGAACCCUAGUUAUGUCAGGCAGAAGGACAGAUCCUCUACAAUCCGUUGACAGAUGCCACCUGGAUGUUGUGAUGUGAUGCCACCUGACCCUUUUGGAUGGCAAUGAAGUGAAUCCUGUUUGUGUGUUUUAAUUUUUUUAUUUCUUGGCACAUGUUUCUGGGACUCAAGAACAUAAGAAUAUAACUUUAAAAUGCCUCUUAAAGUCAGUAAAAUGUUUAAUCAUU